UUAUUCAUGAUAUGAACCUCCUAUUUGUAGGAAUAUAUCUUAAUCCUACAAAAUUAUAGAUCAGCUAUUUAAAUAGAGUUUUUUUGUAAUUACAAAGAUACAUCAAUACAAUAGAACUAGCUAAUUGAUUCGGUCGAUAAGAAGUUUGUCAACCGCACGCCCCGCUUUGAGAGCCAAUCAUCAUCCUGUGGGAACUCUCGGGCACAUUCUUCUGGUCGUUCAAUCCAAAUGGCUUCUUCGCUAGCUUCAUGUCCGUCCGAUCGGCAGUGCCUUAAGAACUAUCCGUUCUCUUUGAUAUUUGUGCCGAACUAUUUUCUUUUGUACACCAUCCUAUUUUUCAAGUGUAAAAAAAACAUUGGGAAAGAAAAUAUUAAUCACAUAAACAACUAUUUCGCAAAUAAUGAGGAACCAAGUCGAUCGUAUCUAUACAAAAGGACUCUUCCCAGAAGUCUCCCGCUCGUUCCCCGAGUUCCAAUUUCUUCCUCAACCAAGCAACUACCUCACAGACCCUCCAUGUGCUCGACGAAAUGCCUCACAUACUUAACUCCAUCCCCAUAACCUUUUCUUCCCAUUCCCCCCCAAUCCCCUUUCUCCAAAACCAUGCCACAAUUCCCUUCAUAAUGGGAGACUCAGCAGACAUCCAAGCCUCUCCUCCUAUCUCCUCCAUCCCUUCCCCAUCCUCCUCCUCCUCCUCCUCCUUCGAGUUCUCCAUCGCCCGAUCACCUUCCUCCAAGCAACCCCCGGCGCAGCUCUGCCCCGCCGACGAGCUCUUCUACAGGGGACAACUCCUUCCCCUGCAUCUCUCCCCACGCCUCUCCUUAGUACGCACCCUCCUCCUUUCCUCCUCCUCCUCCACUUCAUGCUCCGACGGUACCAGCAUCACCACAUCCCGCGACUCCAACGGCAGCUCAUCCUCCGCCGACUCACUCGGCCUCCUCCACCACCCCGAUCCUGACUCCUCCCGUCCAAGCUCUGCAACCGAAGAAGACUGCUCAUCCGCCAAGCGCCGCUACUUCCCCUCUUUCUUCCUCAACCGCGGCACCAAGAAAAAUCCCACCUUUACUUCAAAUCACAACUCCUCCUCUUCUUCUUCAAAGAAAUCCGCCACCACCCACUCGUCCUCACCCAAAGAAAUGAUAAGAAAGUACUUGGACAAAGUGAAGCCGCUGAUCGAAAAGCUCUCGUCUCUGCAACACAGGACUGGGCCGCAACAGAAAAAGAAAUCCUUUUCACUUCGUCGCGCCGGCGGCCGAACCGACAUCUUGUCUUCCUCGCACACGUGUUCACGCUCCUUGGCCGAAAAUUACCUGCGAAGUCCAUAUCGCCGGAAGAUCGCGGCGAGCCGCCCGUCGUCUUCGCCGAGCCAUUCUCGCCUUCUGAGCUCUGAUCUGAUGUCGGCGCAGAUGUCAUCUUCUUCGUCAAUGGAGGAACUACAGAGCGCAAUUCAAGCCGCCAUUGCCCAUUGCAAGAGCACCAUGGCCAAGCAGAAGAAGAGCAUGACUGCAGCCAGCAGCUUCGAAGAUGAUAUCUGUGUAUUCUGAAAAGAGUGAGUUUUUAUCCCUAGAUUUCAACAUCAAUCAUGUUAUGUUUUUUUUUUUUUUUAAAAAUUGUUUUGAAUGUCAUAUUGAUGUUGAAUUUUUAUU